UUCAGCAUCCGCUCGCUGGCAAACAUGGCCUCCGCUGAUCGGUGGUUGAUUUGUGUUAUUGUAGUGUGCUGUUGCAUUACUUUCUGUCUGUCCGAAACGUAUACAUUUAACCAAAACAUAGGGGUAGCGUAUGAAUUUAAAAUACAUGUUGAUGCUGGAAAGGAAGAAUGCUUUAGCCAGUACAUUCAUCCUGGGUCAACAUUUUACGUCGCUUUUCAGGUUAUGCGAGGUGGUGAUGGAAUGGCAGGUUUUGCAGUAAGACAUCCAUCUGGUCAAUUAGUCUUGCCUUAUUACUGGAAACCAAGUGCUGAAUAUGAAGAGCAAUCUGCUGACCCUGGAGGUUAUUACCACUUAUGUAUAGACAACUCUUUAUCACGAUUUGCUUCUAAAUUAGUCAGCAUGUAUGUUAAUUCAUUUAAACGUGACAAAUGGGAAGAUUACGUUAAAGAAUUAGAAGACAUGGAUGUUACUGUAGCCAAUUUUACGGCUACCCUUCAAACUGUUGAUGGGCAAAUUGGAGAAAUGUUAAAAUAUCAAGAUCAUUCCCGUCGUCAGAUGUCAAAAGAUUGGUAUCUUGUGGACAGUAACCACAGUUAUAUACAAUCAUGGUCCAUAGCACAAUGCACUGUGAUAUUCUUGACUUCUACACUUCAAGUUUUCUUUGUGCGUAAACUUUUUGAUACGAAAAACGUCACACCUACCUCUAAACCUCGAGCUUAAAAAAAUAGUAGAAAUCUUAGCCAAUUUUCAAUAUCACUUUAAUUCUCUAUAUUUUAGUAGCAUGUGUAUUAUAUUUAUAUUAUGACAUAAUUCUUUUAAAUACUCAUAUGCAUUUAAUAUGUUUAAAAAUUACUUCAGAAAUGUGAUAGACCAAAUUGUUAAAUUCCCAUUCUAUUGACAAUAUAUAUUAUACUCAGUUGAUUAUAGAGGGUAAUUAUGUUUACAUUCAGCUUCAAAAAAUAGUAGAAAUCUUAGCCAAUUUUCAAUAUUACUUUAACUCUCUAUAUUUCAGUAGCAAUCAUUUAUAUUAUGACAUAAUUCUUUUAAAUACUCAUAUACAUUUAAUGUUUAAAAGUUGUUUCACAAACAUGAUAAACCAAAUUGUUAAUUUCUCAGUCUAUUGACAAUAUAUAUAAUACUAUAGUGAUUAUAGAGGGUAAUUAUGCUUAUUUUCAAGCUAAAUUUACAUUUUUUACAUUAUGUGGAUGAAAAACGACGAGCCAAAAUAAGAAGUUAUAAGAAAUUGUAAUCUAAAAAGUGUCAAGCUUUUUUAUGCGAGACUUAGAAAAUGAUUAGUUUUCUAUUAUAUAAUCAUUAGUACCAAAAAUAACAAUGAAUGUACAAAAUUUUUGUUUCAAGACUGUUACAUUUAAAGGUUUUUGAUGUUGGUUCGUGUAAACAGUAUAUGUAUAGCUCAUACUGAUUAUCUUACUAUAAUAUUUUUUUAAUUACUGUUGUAUAUGCAUAUCUAACUAUACAUCCUAAAUAUAUGAACAAUCAAAGAUUACAAUCAUGAAAAUAAUUUAUAUAAAAAUGAAAAUUAAACUUUUGCUAUUUAUUUAAUUGCCUUUCAUAAUUCUUGACUGCUGAAAUGCUGCUUAAUUUUUAUUACUAUUAUUAUUUUAAUUCUAGUAACUUGAACUGUGUAUUUUAUAUAAGAAGGAAGUUUUUUGUUUGACAUCAUAUUUUAUAGGAAAUUUUUUUUUGAAAAAUUCAUUUUUAUUACACUUAUGACUAGAAUACUCAUUAUUAGUCACUAUUUAAUUAAAUUGUUUAUAGCUAUAUAUGUUAUGGAACACUAUUUUUAAUGGAAUUUAAAUAUUGUAUCUCAAAUUCAAGUUUCUUUCUAUGUUGUUUUUAUGUGUUACUUAAAAGUUUUAACCCAUUGAUUAACCAGAACUGUGUUAUGGUGACCUUCUUGACAGUUUGAAUAGUAUAAUACAUCAAUCCUUUUCUAAGAAACUGUUAAUUCAUUUCUUAUGAAAGUCAUAAGGAAGCAAAUUUAGAUGUCAUAACUAUAUUUAAAAAUUGUUAAAAAAUUAAUAUAUAUUUUUCUUUCAUUACAUUAAUACAUGCAUAGAUAGAAGAAUAAUUUUAUUAUAUGUAAAUUAAAUUUUAAGAUUUGCUUAUAUUUUAU